CACUGAUAGGUGGCACUGACUGACAUCACUGCUGGGCACUGACUGGUGGCACUGACUGGCAGCACUGCUGGGCUGCACUGAUGGGCACUGGUGGGUGGCACAGGUGGGCACUGGUGGGUGCAUUGCUGGGCACAGGUGGGCGCACUGGUGGGCACAGGUGGGCGGCACAGGUGGGCACUGGUGGGUGCAUUGCUGGGCACAGGUGGGCGCACUGAUGGGCACAGGUGGGCGCACUGAUGGGCACAGGUGGGCGCACUGAUGGGCACAGGUGGGCGCAUUGCUGGGCACAGGUGGGCGGAACUUGUGUGUGGCAAAGGUGGGCACCGAUCAUCAGGGCACUGAUGAUCAGUGACCCUGAUGAUCGCGUGUCAUUGGACACCGCUGAUCACGUGGUAAAAGGCCGCUGUGAUUGG